AUGCCACUCAUUACAGGAACUGGCAAGCCUCGCGUCAUCCUUGGGACAAUGACCUUUGGACCAGACGAGAAGACUGGAGCACGAAUUACAUCUCUUGACGACUACAAAAAGGCUCUCGACUACUUCCAAGGUCAGGGUUACAAUGAGAUUGAUACCGCGAGAGUUUAUGUAGGUGGAAAACAGGAAGCAUGGACUCGUGAUGCUGGCUGGAAAGAGCGAGGUCUCACUCUGGCAACCAAGUGGUAUCCACAUACUGCUGGCGCCCAUACCGGCCAGAAGAUCGAGGAGAUGCUCAACAAGUCUCUUUCCGAACUUGGCACCGACUGUGUUGACAUUUUUUACCUUCAUGCUGCCGAUCGUUCGCUGCCCUUCACGGAGCCAUUGAAGAAGCUCAAUGAACUCCACAAAGCUGGCAAAUUCGUCAACCUUGGCCUCUCUAAUUUUACUGCGUUCGAAGUCGCGGAAAUCGUGAUGCACUGCAAAUACAACGACUGGGUGCGUCCAACGAUAUACCAGGGCAUGUACAAUGCCAUUCAGCGUGCCAUUGAGCCCGAAUUGAUCCCAGUCUGCCGGAGAUACGGCAUCGAUAUUGUCGUGUACAACCCGAUCGCAGGCGGUGUUCUCUCUGGCAAGUACAAGACCAAUGAAAUCCCUGCUGAAGGUCGUUACUCCAACACCAACGAGGUUGUCGGGAAGAGCUACCGGGCGAGAUACUUCCAGGACGCAACAUUCGACGCACUUCGACUCAUUGAGCCGGUAGUAGAGAAGCACAAUUUGACGCUCCUGGAGGUAGCAUUCCGAUGGCUGAUCCACCACUCCAAGCUGAAGAUUUCCGAUGGCAACGAUGGCAUAAUCAUCGGAAUGUCAAGCCAAGCACAGUUGGAGUCCAACUUGAAGGACAUCGAAAAGGGACCGCUCCCAGAGGAUGUCCUCAAGGCGCUCGAUGAAGCAUGGUUGGUAACGAAACCAACCGCUGCAAAUUACUGGCACUUGGAUCUCAAAUACACUUACGACACGGUCAAAGCUCUAUUCUAG